CUCGGCGGCGGUGGAAGCCGGAGCUGGGCGGGGAGAGCCGUAGCGGCCUCGGCAGCGGCACCGCCGGCGGCAGCAGCGACGACGAAGACGACGACGACGACGCGGCGGCGGCCAUGGGGCAGUGCGGGAUCACCUCCUCCAAGACCGUCCUCCUCUUCCUCAACCUCAUUUUCUGGGCGGCAGCAGGCAUCUUAUGCUACGUGGGGGCUUAUGUCUUCAUCACAUACGACGACUAUGACCACUUCUUUGAAGACGUCUAUACCCUCAUCCCUGCAGUGGUUAUCAUAGCAGUGGGGACGCUUCUGUUCAUCAUUGGUCUGAUCGGCUGCUGUGCCACAAUCCGGGAGAGCCGCUGUGGGCUCGCUACGUUUGUGAUCAUCCUCCUGUUGGUUUUUAUCACAGAAGUUGUGGUGGUUGUUCUCGGUUAUAUCUACAGAGCAAAGGUGGAGGCUGAAGUCAAUCACAGUAUUACGAAAGUGUAUAACACCUACAAUGGAACUAACCCGGAUGCUGCAAGCCGUGCAAUUGAUUAUGUGCAGAGGCAGCUGCGCUGCUGUGGGAUCCACAACUACAGUGACUGGGAGACGACAAACUGGUUCAAGGAGACGAAGAACAACAGCGUGCCCCUUAGCUGCUGUAAGGCCGCCAUCAGCAACUGUACGGGAAGCUUGGCUCACCCCACAGACCUUUAUGCCGAGGGAUGUGAAGCGCUGGUUGUAAAGAAGCUGCAGGAGAUCAUGAUGUAUGUUAUCUGGGCAGCACUGGCCUUUGCCGCCAUUCAGCUGCUGGGGAUGCUGUGUGCCUGCAUUGUGCUCUGUAGGAGGAGUCGGGAUCCUGCUUACGAACUGCUCAUCACUGGAGGAACCUACGCUUAGAAGAAGCUGUGAGCUGAAGCUUGAACUCGGUUUCCUUUACCUGGGAGGCAGCUUGGCUGGGGCAGCUGCAGCAGUUGUCUUGACGAUUUUGACUCAGCAGAAGCACUCCUUUCACAGACUGGGACAGCUAGCAGAUACACUGGUGAUGGGCAGAGAGGCGUGACUUUUCACACACACACACACACACACACCCAUGUUCCUGUGACCCCUCUUACUAUUUUAGCCAGCUUUCCACAUGUUAGCAGCCAAGUAAACACUGUUUUGGAGCCCCUUACAUAAACAAGGCCACUUGGCAGGAAAACUAGCAGUGUACUGAAACGUGGUAAGUUGAUUGCUGGGCACCGAACUGAUUUGAUUCUUAGAUGCAGAGUUCUCCAGCUCUUGACUGAGUGGAAUAACAGGCCAAAGUGGUAUGAGGGAGGGGGUAGGUGGCUACCUUUGCAAUAUCUUUUCCCUUUGUUUUUUUCUGCUUGCCUCUCACCAGUGUCUGUCUGACUUUUUUUAAAGCAUUAAAUCAAGACCAGAACACUACAAAACAACUACUAACCAAAAUGUCAGAAUCACAUGAGUGCAUCUCUUGACCUUCUUAAAUUCAAAUGAACAAAUCCUCCAAACAUUAGUGUACAGGCUGGCUUUUCAGGAGUAUAAUGUAUGCACUACUGUUCUAUAAUGAAUAUUUCAUUUUUUCUAUGAAGAGGCUGUUUUAUGUAUUGAGUGAAUUGUUAUAGAGUAGCAAAAUAGUAUGUGAAAGUGUAAAUAGGAAAUCUGAUCAAAUAAAUCUUCUGACCAUCUCCUUCAAAACUAAA